GCGUGACGUAGCGUAGCGUUGGGGAAACUUGGGCCUGCGGAUUGGGGGACCGGAAAGGGAGGGGUGGGCCGCAGGCGCUGGACGUGACGUAAGCCGGAAGCGACUUUCCGCCGAGAAAUAGGGGCGCGUGUUUGGAAAUUGAUAGAAAAGAUAAAGCGAGCGAGCUGCUGUCAGCUUGGCUUACUGGUCUGCUUCCGUUUCACCACAGAUUCAGUUAUUAAGCAUUUUUUUCUUUUUUUGGUUCUUUGCAAUGUGAGCGGCAUUGGCUCAGUGAUUUCCGUGAGCAUCUCCACGAGAAAACAUUGCCUCGAUGAGGUGCGGUGGAAGCCAGGCAGCCGCUUCUAAUCGGCUAGGCUUGAGAAAGCGUGUACCUCUGCCUUUCCGAAAUUAACUCAGCGUGAUCGGCAGGAUUUUCCGGAGCAUCUGGUGUCAAGACACUCGUCACUAUUAAUUCGGAAAGAAAACACCGUUUUCCAGCAUUUCUCUUGGUGGAGAACUAAACAACAGGAAAAAUGUCUAUUUUCCCUAAGAUAUCUUUGAGACCCGAGGUUGAAAACUAUCUUAAGGAGGGCUUUGUGAAUAAGGAGAUUGUGACGGCUUUAGGUAAACAAGAAGCAGAAAGGAAGUUUGAAACUUUGUUAAAGCACCUGUCACAUCCUCCGUCAUUCACAACUGUCAGAGUGAAUACACAUUUAGCCUCAGUACAACAUGUGAAAAAUCUGUUACUUGAUGAACUUCAGAAGCAGUUUAACGGAUUAAGUGUUCCUAUUCUUCAACAUCCAGACCUUCAGGAUGUCUUACUUAUUCCUGUUAUUGGACCCAGGAAGAAUAUUAAAAAACAGCAGUGUGAAGCCAUUGUUGGAGCCCAGUGUGGCAAUGCAGUUUUAAGAGGAGCCCAUGUCUAUGCCCCAGGAAUUGUGUCAGCAUCAAAGUUUAUGAAAGCUGGAGAUGUUAUUUCUGUAUACUCUGAUAUUAAAGGAAAAUGUAAGAAAGGAGCCAGAGAAUUUGAUGGAACAAAAGUAUUUCUUGGAAAUGGGAUUUCUGAACUAAGCCGCAAGGAAAUCUUCAAUGGAUUACCUGAACUGAAAGGCAUGGGCAUAAGAAUGACAGAACCAGUAUAUCUCAGCCCUUCAUUUGACAAUGUACUGCCCCGUUACUUAUUUUUACAAAAUUUGCCAUCUGCCUUAGUAACUCAUGUACUAAAUCCUCAACCUGGAGAGAAGAUUCUAGACUUGUGUGCAGCACCUGGAGGGAAAACAACACACAUUGCAGCACUAAUGCAUGAUCAGGGAGAAGUUAUAGCACUGGAUAAAAUCUUCAGCAAAGUAGAAAAAAUAAAGCAGAAUGCCUUAUUGUUAGGGCUGAAUUCCAUCAGGGCAUUUUGUUUUGAUGGAACAAAGGCGGUUAAACUUGAUAUGGUGGAGGACACAGAAGGGGAACCUCCAUUUCUACCAGAAUCCUUUGACCGAAUUCUUCUGGAUGCACCCUGUAGUGGAAUGGGACAGAGACCAAAUAUGGCCUGUACUUGGUCUUUGAAGGAAUUGGCAUCAUAUCAGCCAUUACAGCGAAAACUCUUCACUGCAGCAGUUCAGCUGCUGAAGCCAGAGGGUGUGCUGGUUUAUAGCACAUGCACUAUAACGCUGGCCGAAAAUGAAGAACAAGUUGCCUGGGCCCUGACAAAAUUUCCUUGCCUUCAGCUUCAGCCCCAGGAACCGCACAUUGGAGGAGAAGGAAUGAGGGGAGCUGGUCUCUCAUGUGAACAAUUGAAACAGCUGCAGCGAUUUGAUCCAUCGGCUGUGCCAUUACCGGACACUGACAUGGACUCUCUCAGAGAGGCCAGAAGAGAAGACAUGUUGCGUCUGGCUAAUAAGGACUCUAUAGGUUUUUUUAUUGCAAAAUUUAUAAAAUGCAAAAGCACAUAGGAGAGGAUGGAUGCUCAGAAAUGAAAAUUCCAAACAUUUGCUGUCUGUGCUUUUUUUUUUUUUUAUACCAAAGUGUUGUCAGGCCAACUGAAUGAUGACGUAGUUGCUAAGGAAACAGAAAGGGCUGCCAGCUGUUUUACCAGGGAUCCAGAGACACAGAGGAAGUAGGGGGUGGUAUGAGAUUAUAUUUUCCGUUUUUAAAAGAAAUUUUUGCUUUAUGUAUUUGGAGUAUAAAGAAAAACAGAUGCCUGUAUAUGUCUGGAGCAUAUUUUCAUUUGCGAGCUAAUGUUUUAAUUUGUGAAGAAUACAAGUCAUUUUUAAUGUUAAAAAUUAGUGAAUCUAACAAAAGGAAUAAAUUAGCAGCAUUUGA